AUACGGGAUGAAGCUGAAUCCGGCCAAGUGCUCUUUCGGAGUGAGGUCGGGAAAAUUUUUGGGCUAUCUGGUGACCAAGAGGGGUAUUGAAGUCAAUCCGGAGAAGGUUCGAGCUGUGAUGAAGAUGAAGUCACCAACAAACGUAAAAGAGGUGCAUAUUUUAGUCGGUCGAAUUGCGGGGCUGAGUCGUUUUAUAUCGAAGGUGGCGGAGAAGAGUGGCCCGUUAUUCAAAACCCUGAAGAAGAGCGCGAAGUUCCAAUGGACAGAGGAGGCGCAAAAAGCAUUUGAGGAGCUGCGAGGGGUGUUGGCCAACCUCCCUUUAUUGGCCAAACCCGUGCAAGGAGAGGAGCUGGUGCUAUACAUUUCCAUCGGGGAGAGAGCUGUAAGUUCGGUAUUGUUGCGGGAGGAAGGAACAGCGCAACUCCCUAUCUACUAUGUGAGUAGAGUGAUGCAAGGAGCAGAGACGAGGUAUUCGGAGAUCGAGAAGUGUGCGCUAGCUGUAGUUGUAACUGCUCGCAAGUUGAGACCGUAUUUCUUGAAUCAUAAGGUGAAGGUGCGAACGAAUAUGCCGUUGGGAGAAACAUUGGAUCGGCCAUCGGUCUCUGGUCGAUUGGUGAAGUGGGCGGUUGAACUGAGCGAGUAUUCUCUGAUGUACGAGCCAAGGAGAGCC